GAAGAAGAAGCAGAAGCAGAAGAAGAAUAAGAAUAAUAAUAAUAAGAGGAAGAAGUGGGAUUGGGCCUAGUACUAUGUGUCUGUCAUCAGGGGAAGUAUACGGUCACGUCUGUACCAUCGUACAUUCAGUAACAGUUAGUUGUUAUUUAGACAGCGUCUUCUGUACGUUUAUUUGUGAGCAUUAUGGUAGCUCUCCACGUCGGUGGUAAGGACCAGUAACUUAGUGAAGCAUCAGGCGCUCUGUGUUGACGUCUGGUUUUUAGUCACGUUAGUCCAACUUGCUGGUUGCUGACACAGCAAACCUGAGAUGAGCUGAAGACAUAGGAAGAGGCACUUCACCGCAGACAUUGGUAGGAAUUUAAAAUCAGGUGAUGAGAGUUGAGAGGAUCUAGCUGAAAGUCAGUGGUAUCAUGGAGGACGACUGCAGGCCUCUGCUGAGCUCAGAACAGACUGGAGAGAGCUACUCACACAGAGGCUCCACAGACUCUCUGGACGUCAAGGUUAAAAGGCCUUUCUACGUGGAGCCCAGGAACAUCGUAGAUGAUGACCCGCAGGAAAGAGUGUCUGCUGAGGCUGCCAUCCUCAACAGCAGAGUACAUUACUACAGCAAACUGACAGGCUCUUCUGACAGACUGCUGAGUCCUCCAAACCAUGUGAUUCCCCGACCAGAGGAGAUCUACAUCUACAGCCCACUGGGGACAGCUUUCAAGGUGACAGGCAGUGACCAGUCCUCUAAAAACCACAGCAUCAUCACCAUAUUUGCCAUAUGGAACACAAUGAUGGGCACAUCCAUACUCAGCAUACCUUGGGGUAUAAAGCAGGCUGGUUUCACUUUGGGGAUCCUCAUCCUCAUCUUCACAGGCCUGCUGAUGCUCUACUGUUGCUACAUCGUCCUCAAAUCACCAAAGGCUAUACCCUAUGUGGAUACAUCAGACUGGGAGUUUCCUGAUGUUUGUAGGUACUACUUUGGCAAGUUUGGCCAGUGGUCCAGCUUGGUGUUCUCCAUGGUGUCACUUAUUGGAGCCAUGGUGGUUUACUGGGUCCUCAUGUCCAACUUCCUCUACAACACCGGGCAGUUUAUCUACAAUUAUGCUCACAAUGUCAGCACGUCAGAUUCAGAGUUUGGAACCAACGGCACGGAUAAAGUCAUCUGUCCAUACCCAAACAUUGACCCUGGAGGGAACUACACAAUCAACACACUUUACCUUGGCAACAGCGGAAAUGAUACCUCUGAUGUCAUCUCUUUUGGACACUGGUGGAGCAAAACUGACACCAUCCCCCUCUACCUCAUCAUUCUACUGCUGCCCCUGCUCUGCUUCCGCUCAGCCUCCUUCUUCGCAAGGUUCACCUUCUUGGGCACCAUCUCAGUGGUCUACCUGAUUGUUCUGGUGACUAUUAAAGCUGUCCGCCUUGGCUUCCACCUAGAGUUCCACUGGUUUGACACAACCCAGUUCUAUGUUCCAGAGUUCAGACUGCUUUUCCCUCAGCUGACUGGUGUUCUCACUCUGGCCUUCUUCAUUCACAACUGCAUCAUCACAUUAAUGAAGAGCAACAUGCACCAAGAGAACAAUGUGCGGGACCUGUCCGUGGCUUAUCUUCUGGUAGGGCUGACCUAUCUGUAUGUGGGAGCGUUGAUCUUUGCUGCCUUUCCUUCACCUCCUCUCGUAAAAGACUGCAUUGAACCAAACUUCUUAGAUAACUUCCCCAGCAGUGAUGUGAUGGUGUUUGUGGCUCGGACCUUCCUGUUGUUCCAGAUGAUCACAGUCUAUCCCUUGCUGGGAUACUUGGUCCGGGUCCAGGUGAUGGGCCAGAUCUUUGGCAAUCAUUACCCCAGUUUCUUCCACGUCCUGGUGCUGAACAUCUUAAUUGUUGGAACUGGUGUCCUGAUGGCCAAGUUUUAUCCCAAUAUUGGAUCCAUUAUAAGGUUUUCUGGAGCAACAUGUGGCUUGGCUUUAGUGUUUGUCUUUCCUGCGUUAGUCCACAUGAUCUCCCUGAGACGGCAGGGGGAGCUCCGCUGGCCGUCAGCCCUCUUCCACAGUUUCCUGAUCAUGCUGGGCAUGGCCAACCUGCUAGCCCAAUUCUUCAUGUAGAGCAGCAAUCAGACACAGACGCCCUUAACCAUUCACAGGCAAGACUAAAAGAUGUGAUGGAGAUUUCAGAUAGGAAUCUCUGAAAUUAGAUGUAGAAUAUGGAGUGCAUUAUUGUUCAUAACUGUGCAUUGUGUAUCAUCCCACUGAUAUCAUGGCUACCAAAAUAAGAAACCACUGCAGCCUCCAGGCACUCAGAUUUAUUGUCUGUGGCUGUGGUAUAUGAUUAAAUAUCACACACUUACUGUAAUAAAAAUGAUAGUUGUACUUUGAAAAAGUUCACAUUUAAGGGGAAUAACAGAAAACUAUUGUACCAGUUUGAUAACAUCUUUUUAUUUUCUUCCUGCCAUCUAGCCAAUGGUAUUUUUAUGAUAAAAUCUUUCUUGGAGAUAAUUUCCUACAUGAUACUGUUGAUUAUUCCUGCCCACUGAUCCCAGUCCUGCCCAGCCAAGUCACAGAGAUUUACUGUGAACUGUGUUGCAACUCUGUCUCACUCAUGGUAACAUUACUUGCAAACUGUCAGGAAGAUUUGGAAUAGUAGGUCAGCAUUGCGAGGGAGCAUAUUCUUCAGCUAUUGUGUUAAAGGUCUGUUUUUAUUCAGAUUCAAACAGCAUCUCAGUCGAACAUUAAAUCUACAAUUUUGAGUGAACUUAAAAUUUGUUACAUGUUAGGCUUUACAGCUGGAUUUUAUGAUCAUAUACAGUUGUGUGUUGCUGACACCAGGGAAUUAUUUUACUAACUUUGUGAUUAUGUAAACUGUUUGUAUGUUUUGAAGACAGCCGUGUUCUGUGCAUAUUUUUGACAAAACUUUUGGCACAGUCUUUUUUUAUGAGCAGUGUUGAUUUACAUGUUUGACAACAUGUUUACAUGAUUCCUAUUUUCUAGUGAUUGUGCCCAAUAUGCUGUAUUUUACUAAUGAAAGGAUAGACAAAGGGAAUAUGUGCGUGAAAAUAAACCUUCAUAUCAGAUUA